AAUUCGUGAUAGAUAUUUCGAUCGGUGUCUCUGUCACAUCUUCUGUUCUUUACUCUGUCCCGUUCUGUGCAGCAUAUACCCUGUGAUCGAUUGCCCCUCACCAUGGCGACGCCCGGCCUCCUCUACGUCACGAUGCAGCCGCGGGAUUCCCUCCCGGCGGCGCAAUUCCACGACUGGUAUAACUCCGAACAUGGCCCCCUGCGCCUGCGUCUACCGUUUGUUACCAACGGCUUCCGCUACCGUGCCACCGAUGGCCGGGAUCCGGAGUGGGUUGCGUUGUAUGACAUCACCGACAUGGCGGAGCUGACGCGGGAGACGUACCUGGCGCUGCGGGGCGACGGGAUCAAGACCCCGCGCGAGAAGGCCACGAUGGCGCAGAUUGCCGUGGGUCGCCGCCUCUACGACUUGCUGGACGACCAGAAAGCAUCCGACUACACCCCUCUCGAGCAGAUCCCAGACUCCCAGGCAACGGGCGCGGUGCUGAUCGCCAUCACCACCGUCGUGCCCGCGGAGCACGAAGACGAGUUGAACCGCUGGUAUCGCGAAGAACAUCUCGACAUGCUGGCCCGUGUGCCCGGGUGGCGCCGGAGUCGCCGCUUCGUCACGGCGGCCAUCGAUCCUCAGGCUCCGCGCGAGUUCGUCGCCCUCUACGAGUACGCGGCGCAGAACGGCCUUGAGGGCCCUGAGCAUCAGGCGGCUCUUCACACUCCCUGGCGGGACCGGGUCAUGAACGAGCUGGUCACGAGCAAGAGUCGGCGCGCGUAUCAGUGGGCGUACACCUUCGGUCCCGCCCCGCGUGAGUUAUCAUCGCUGGCGUCGUCGGAGGUGGCGGGCCCCUGGGCCUCCAACGACGGGCGUACGCGAACGCUACCGUCCCCCACGCGCCCCGCGGUGGAGUCCUUCGUCACCACGCCGGACGGGGUGGAUCUGCCCUACCGCCUGGAGGGCAGUGGAGACCCGAAGAGUCCGGUCCUGGUGCUGAGCAACUCGAUACUCGUGGACUACAGUAUCUGGGACGGAUUCGUGGAUGCCUUCUUGUCCGAUCCACGCAACAGGAAUUUCCGCGUCCUACGCUAUCUAACCCGUGGCCGACGUGACCAGUGUGGCACUACCCCCAUCACCAUCGAUGUGCUCGCGGAUGACAUUGUCGCCCUGCUCGAUGCCCUGCGUAUCCCCGAAGCGUCCUUGAUCGGAGUCAGCCUGGGUGGCGUCACCGUGCUGAACACCGCCCUGCGCCAUCCGAACCGGGUGACCCGGUUCAUCUCCUGCGACACCAACAGCUCCGCCCCCGAGUCAAACCGCAAGGCCUGGAGUGACCGACACGCCCUGGCGGCGAGCGAGGGGGCCGUGUCGGCAACGACGCAGCAGCCGAUCGUCGGCGAGCAGCUCGCGGAAGUAACCACCCGACGGUGGUUCGUGGCGGAGACCUACGAGUUGCAGCCGGCCGUGGCCGCGCACGUCAAGGAGGCGGUGCGCAAUAACAGCCUGGAGGGCUUCCAGCGGAGCAUGCAGGCCCUGUGCGCGUACGACGUGCGCGCGCGCAUGGCGGAGGCCACCGUCCCGGGACACUUUGUCGCGGGCGAAGGCGACGGCGUGCUGCCCACGACGAUGAAGCAGAUGGCGCAGGACUUGAAGGGCGACGCCCAACUGUCUACCAUCCCCACGGCGGGCCAUCUGCCUAUGGUGGAGCAGCCUGCCGCGUUUACAGAAGUGGUCAAUCGGUUCUUUCAUCAAUAGAUAUCUGUUCCUGUCCGUGAAACUCCAAUAGAAGUUCUCUCCG